AUGUCUGUCCUGCAGGAGAUCAGCAUCAAUGUGAGAAACAUGAGGGAAACUGAGAUGACGGCCCUGGAGAGACGAGCGCAUCUCAUCAAAGAGAUGCUCAGGCAGGGAGUGAAGAAGCCCUAUAAAUAUGUGAUAGAUGUCGCUUGGGGUGACCCACACGAGGCAGGAAUGAAGCCUCUCACCUUUGUCAGACAGGUUCUCGCUGCUUGUUUUUACCCUCAACUCAUGGACAGCGACAAACUACCAGUGGAUGUCAAAUGCCGAGCACGGAAGCUGCUGCACUGGUGUGAGGGUGGCUGUGUAGGCUCGUAUACAAACACACCAGGUAUAACCGAAGUAAUCCACAGCAUCGCUCACUUCAUAACCCAAAGAGAUGGUGGCGUUCCAGCUGAUCCCGAUAACAUAUGGAUCCAUGCUGGCUCCCAGUGGUCACUAACGAACAUGCUCAGGGUGUUGGUAAACAGCGAAAGUUCACCGAGGAGCGGCGUGCUGAUGCCAGUGCCAUGUUACAGUACGGCACACUUGUCCGUGGAGGGUCUUGGGGGAGUCGUGGUCCCUUACUUCCUGGAUGAGGAGCACGGAUGGGAGCUGCAGAUAGAGGAGCUGCAUCGAGCGUUGGAGUCCGCCCAGGGGGUCUGCAAGCCUGUCGCUUUGUAUAUCAUUAACCCGGGAAAUCCCACAGGUCACAUCCAGAGCAGGGGAUCCAUUCAAGAGGUCAUCAGAUUUGCCUGGGAGAAGAAGCUUUUCCUUCUUGCAGAUGAGGUCUAUCAAAGCUGUGUCCAUGGAGAAAAGACUCCGUUUGUCUCCUACAAGAAGGUUUUAUCCAACAUGGGGCCUCCUCUUUCCGACAUGCUGGAGCUGGCCUCCUUCCACUCGACUUCCAAAGGCUUCCUGGGAGAGUGUGGUCUUCGUGGAGGAUUUGUAGAGCUUGUAAACAUGGACCCUGCUGCCAUUAAACACAUCCACAUGCUGUUCCAUACAGACGCCUCUCCUCCAGUAGCGGGUCAGAUUGCUCUGGAGCUGAUGGCGGACCCGCCCAAGCCGGGAGAGCCCUCCUACCCUCUUUACACUGACGAGAUCAGACACAUACAAAGCACAAUGCUUCAUAAUGUGAAGAAAGUGGAGAAGGUUCUAAACCAGUUGCCAGGUUUCAGCUGCCAGCCUGUGGAAGGAGGAGCGUUUGCUUUCCCGAGACUGCAUCUACCACCAAAAGCCAUCCAGAAAGCCAAGGAAGCGGAGAUGAAGCCUGACACAUUCUACUGUGUGAGACUGCUGGAGGACGUGGGCGUGUUUGUUAGUCCUGGCUGUGAGUUCGGACAAAAGGAAGGCACCUAUCACAUCAGACUUUGCAUCAUGACCACUGUUGACACCAUGGAGGAACUUCUGCGACGUCUGAGCGGCUUUCACUUACAGUUCAUGAAGGACUUUUCCUAAAUCGAACUUUUUUGUAAAGAAAAAAAAACACCCUCUCAAUGCUGUAGUUCCACAACAUUAGGUACACCUGCACAGUCUGAAGAGACCCUAAAUAAGAUCAUGACAAACAUUUGCGCGCCGCACGGUAGCCGAGUGGUUAGCAUGUUGGCCACACAGUCAGGAGAUCCGGAAGACCUGUGUUCGAAUCUCCACUUGGCAGUUGCAUGUGCGUGCGUGCGUGCGUUUUCUCUUGGUACUCCGGU